GGGCGUGGCCUGGGAGGGUAUAUAAGCGCCCGCGCGCGGCCACGUGACUCUUUCCGCUCGAGCCUUCAGCCGCGAUGGACACGAGCCGCGUUCAGCCGAUCAAGCUGGCCCGCGUGACCAAAGUGCUAGGCCGCACCGGAUCCCAGGGCCAGUGCACCCAGGUCCGCGUGGAGUUCAUGGACGACACCAGCCGGUCCAUCAUCCGCAACGUGAAAGGCCCCGUCCGAGAAGGAGACGUCCUCACCCUCCUCGAGUCCGAGAGAGAGGCACGGCGCCUGCGCUGAAAGAUGGGUCGAGAGCCCUUCUUCUGCUGGACCUGACGCCCCUCAAGACCUAUUUUGAAGCAAGAAUAUUGAAAAUGUCCCGGGACUGAAAUAAAUUUGAGUUUGCCUCCUUUUCA